CUGUCAUUUGUCAAACGAGACUUAUCGGAAGUGAUGUAUCGUGUGCAACAAAAAUCGCCAUUAUCAGCGUGAAUACAAAAGCCAGCAGUCGAGUGUUUUGAUUCGUUUUUUUCGUUUUAAUUAUGUUUAUAAGUGCCAUAGAGGCAGUGAAUUCAGAUUCGAGUACAGACAGUAACAGUAAUAGUGAAGCCAUGCCUGCUAUAUUAAGUACAAGUAAUUCAAGUAUGUUAAGUAGUAAGCGUUCCGCGUGCAGCGCCAGCGAGGCCGAUUGCUACAACAUGUCUCUGGGCGCCGGGCCUCUGUGGUGGUCCGAUGCCCCUGGGGAGACCAGGGGCCCGUCGCCGUUGCGACUAACUUUCCGCACUGCCCGUCAGCCCUGGGACGCCGUCUUGCGGGGACAGUCGCUCUACAUCGCGCUGCCGCCCCACGUCUUGCCUGAGGGCUCGAGGGAGGCCUUCGUCGCACUGCUGGAGGCGGCCGAGGAACAGCUCAAGUGCCAGAACGUGAUCGUCGUGUUCGAAACUGACCGCGCUGACCGCGCCAUGCUCGUCCGGACCUUCAUGUUCUUGGGCUUCGCCGUCCUGUCGCCCACCUCCCCGCUCGUGCCGCCGCCGCUGUCCUCAGGCCACGUGUGCAUGCUAUACAAUAUCGAGUGAUCGACCCCCAGAGAAGCCUCGGGCCUCUCAGGUUUGUCCACGGAUUCGUCUUAGUUAUUUGCAUGGAUUUCGUUUUUAAGUAGUUUGGGCUAUAUAGAUUAGAAUAGGGUUAGGAAAAUUGUUAAGUACAAAGAAGAAAACGAAAAAAUGAUUUUACACAACGGUCAGACUCGGCUAGGGUUGAAUAAACAAUUUUCCUAACCCGAUCUGAGUGUGAUACGUUGUGUAAAGGCAUAUUUUUGUUCGUUCGUUGAGUUAUAGACGUGGAUAAACAUGAGAGGUAACAGUUAAGAAGAAUUUGCUGUAUUGGUAGUGCGGAAUAUUAUAUGCCCCUAAAGGAAAAAUUAGAAAACAAAAAAAAAAUACAAAAUUUCAUAAAAUACAAAAACAAAUGUAACUCAGUAAUUUUAGGUUAUUAUCGUUAAGCUUAAUUGUCUUUACAAUAUAAGACGAUAUUCUAGAAAAAUAUAGAAUAUCGUGUUGGUGUAAAGGCAAUUGAGCACACUUACAAUAAUACGUAGAGGUAUUGUUGUAACUGUGCUUAAUUAAGUAUUUUGUCAAUUUUGUAUUCAUUCCUUUAUUUUGUUUAGUUCACGAUAAGUACGUAAUUACUUAUGUCUUAAUAAAAUUACAUUUACUUUA